AUGGCUAGCUCUCAGCUUUUGAAGGUUACCUGCAUGGUAGUGGUGUUGAUGGUUGGUUUAGGGGAGAUUAUUCCCUUGGCAGAAGCAGCGAUUCCAUGUGGGACGGUGCAAUUCACUUUAGCAUCAUGCAUAGCGUUCCUAAGGGGUCCUGGUGGACCUGUCCCUGCAGCAUGCUGCAACGGGGUGAAGAGCCUCAACAACCAAGCCAAGACCACCGCAGAUCGGCAAGGAGCGUGUACGUGCCUCAAAAACACUGCUUUGGCCAUUCCUGGACUCAAUCUUCGAAGCCUUGCAACCCUCCCUAGCAACUGUGGGGUCAACCUGCCCUACAAGAUCAGCCCCUCCAUUGAUUGCUCCACGUAA